CUCCUUAGGCUCCCGGCCCCCGCGCGGCCUUGGUGUCCCCGCCGGCUCCAGGCCAGUUCCCUUGCUGCCUCCCGCUGCCGGCCGGCCGCCAUGCAGGCGCGGGCGCUGCUCCUGGCCGCGCUGGCCGCCCUCGCGCUGGCCCGGGAGCCCGCGGCGGCGCCGUGCCCCGCGCGCUGCGACGUGUCGCGGUGUCCGAGUCCCCGGUGCCCCGGCGGCUAUGUGCCCGACCUCUGCAACUGCUGCCUGGUGUGCGCCGCCAGCGAGGGCGAGCCCUGCGGCCGCCCCCUCGACUCGCCCUGCGGGGAGAGCCUGGAGUGCGCGCGCGGAGUGUGCCGCUGUCGCGGGGCUCACGCCGUGUGCGGCACAGACGGGCACACCUAUGCCAACGUGUGCGCGCUGCAGGCGGCCAGCCGCCGCGCGCUACAGCUCUCCGGGACGCCUGUGCGCCAGCUGCAGAAGGGCGCCUGCCCAUCGGGUCUCCACCAGCUGACCAGCCCGCGGUACAAGUUCAACUUCAUCGCCGACGUGGUGGAGAAGAUCGCGCCGGCCGUGGUCCACAUAGAGCUCUUCCUGAGACACCCUCUGUUUGGCCGCAACGUGCCGCUGUCCAGCGGCUCAGGCUUCAUCAUGUCGGAGGCUGGCUUGAUCGUCACCAAUGCCCACGUGGUGUCCAGCACCAACGCAGUCUCGGGCAGGCAGCAGCUGAAGGUGCAGCUGCAGAACGGAGACUCCUAUGAGGCUACGAUCAAGGACAUCGACAAGAAGUCCGACAUCGCCACCAUCAAGAUCCAUCCCAAAAAAAAGCUCCCCGUGUUGCUUCUGGGUCACUCAGCAGACCUGCGGCCUGGCGAGUUUGUGGUGGCCAUCGGCAGCCCCUUUGCCCUGCAGAACACUGUGACAACGGGCAUUGUCAGCACCGCCCAGAGGGACGGCAAGGAGCUGGGCCUCCGGGACUCGGACAUGGACUACAUCCAGACAGACGCCAUCAUCAACUAUGGGAAUUCCGGGGGACCGCUGGUGAACCUGGAUGGUGAGGUCAUUGGCAUCAACACGCUCAAGGUUGCUGCUGGCAUCUCCUUUGCCAUCCCCUCAGACCGCAUCACACGCUUCCUCACAGAGUUCCAAGACAAGCAGAUCAAAGCCCCCUCACCAGCAGUCCAUUGAGAGCAGGAAGCCUUCCUCACGCUUGCCCCUCCUCCACGACCCUGCCAGCACAUGGAGCCCAGUGCAGCCAGGACUGGUGCCAUGAGGACUGGUCACAUGGAGAGCUGCUGUGGAGCACCCCUCUGUUUCUUCUCCAGUGCCCCUUAUGUGAAGAUGAUCCAGAGUGAGGCAGAGCCUGUCCUUCCCAAAGAAGCUUAAGGCUUCUUCUAUCGGACUGUGGGGACUGUAUAAUCUCUUGAGCCCUUUUCCUCUUGGCUGCUAGGAAGCGCAGAACUAGACCCGAGGCUGUACCUUCAUACUUUUCCCUAGCCUUGGUCCUUUCUCUGACGAUGGAGACUUUCCAGUUUAAUGAUCCUCUGCUCCAUGGGUCUUUUGACUUUGGCCACUUCCUGGAGAUCAGUGGUGCUGCACUUUGCACAGACUCAGCUGCGAGGUGACUUUGGUUGGAAGUGGGCUGAUAGCAUCCUCUUCCCUCUUGCCUCUUCCUCCCUCUCAGGCGGGGCCCACUGGGGCUGGGUUUGUUUGCUCCUUUGCUGUCCAGGGAUGGUCUCAGUUGGCACUGACCUUGCCCCAGGCCCCCAGGAAACACCUAUCCCUGUCCCCAGAGAUGUGUCACCUCCCCAAGGACAGUGCAGACUAACUGAAGAGACUGAUAAAUCUUAGUGGAAUGAUGGAAUCUGUUAUUUAAAAUCCUUCUGAAGUUGACUGGUGUUUGUCUUCGUUUUUCUUUUUUUUAAUAAAAACAUCAAAUGAUCCAAA